UCAACCUGAUCGGCUAUCGUAGCACUUUUGAUGCCAAGAAUAAGAUUAUCGCUACCUGGAAAAGGAUAAUUUUUUCUGCUAUUUUUUUACGCUACAGUCCUGACAAGUGAAUAAAAAAAUUCAACGGCUUCGCAUAUAUCUACAAUAUCUAAGAAUAGUAUUGCAGGAUACACUCGUCAUCCAAGUUCAUGUCUGUUUAAUUUGUCACUUGUUAGUUAAACCGAAAAAUGUAUCUACUGGCAAAGUGUGCUGCUGUCCUGCUGAUGACGGGCAUUUGUGCGGCCAGAGCGACGGAAAAGUGCACUCUUGCCAAUGUACGCGGAGUCGCAGCGUGCUCUUUUCCUUUGGCACUACGGUCAUUCACGUCGGACGGCCAGGAGCUGACAGAUGUUUCCCUAGUUACGGACACCGCACUCAGCAGCCUAUGCCAAAUCGCACGGGAGGUUGUUACUUGUGUUAAAGAAGUAUCACGACCCUGCAAGGAAGGAGCAAUGGCGGUACUGCACGAAGCCAUGGUCAAAGGCCUACCGCUGCUGGACAGGGCGUGCAAUAGGUCUACUUUUGGCAACACUGUACGCACUCUGCUUGGCUGUGUCAAAACACUCAAUCAAACCGAAGGAACGAAAUCGCUGGCAUGUGCUUAUAAAGCGACUAACCUAGCGUUCACGAACCCAGCCAAGGGAGAAGACGGCGAUAAUGACAUCAUCAAGAGUUUCUGCUGCAACGCCAAAGCGUUCAUGGAAUGCAGCGGAAAUGAAAUUGGGUUAUACUGUGAUCAAACACCACAGCAAAAGCUCAUCAGCAUCCGCGAUACACUCUUUGCGACGUUUCAGUGCAAUGGUGUACGCGGUGCAAAUUGUCCAGCUUGGCCACCGGGCCUUCCCAGGGCCCGGGAUCUGAAGUGGGAUUUGUCAUCGUUGAUGACGGAGGACAAAAACUGAUGAGAUAAAUGAUGGCUUCAGUCGACUUCCGAUUAAUACCUGUAUAUGGCAGAAACUCUUGUCAUCACUUGUAAACGUAUCUGUUCCCAAGGAAAGAGAAACAAACAACCUGCACCCAUUAUAUUUUUGUGUAAGAAUUUUAACAAGCCUUUCAUAAAUUUCUCAGCUGAAAAAUUGUGGGUAUCAGCUAUUAGAUGCGCGGUA